AUGGCACCUCUGCCCAUCAAGUUCACAGAACUGGUCAAUCUGACCGCCGUUGGUAUCGAUGUAUGCUCGCUUAUGCCACCCUCCCCCAAAGUCCCGCUUCGCGACCAGCUCCCGAUGCGCGACGGAUACCCCGGUUCCAUCGGAUUCAACCAAUGCACUCUCGAAUCCGAUCAUUAUGUUUGUGUUCGCCAGAAGCUCGAGACGGACGAGAAGCCACAAGUCAUCAUUGUUGACUUGAAAAAUAACAAUGAGGUUAUGAGGCGACCGAUCAAUGCUGACAGUGCUAUCAUGCAUUGGAGCAAGAACAUCAUCGCUCUCAAGGCCCAGGGCCGCACAGUUCAGAUCUUCGAUCUUGAGGCGAAGCAAAAGCUCAAGUCCGCCGUCAUGAACGAGGAUAUUGCAUACUGGAAGUGGUUCAGCGAAAGGUCUCUGGGUCUGGUCACCGACAACGCCGUUUACCACUGGGACGUCUAUGACGCCACUCAGCAGAACCCGGUUAAGAUAUUUGAUCGACUUCCCAACUUGGCUGGUUGCCAAAUAAUCAAUUACCGUGUCAACUCCGAGGAGAAGUGGAUGGUCUUGGUUGGUAUCAGCCAACAGCAGGGUCGCGUUGUGGGUUCAAUGCAGCUGUACUCGAAGGAGCGCGGAAUUUCACAGUUCAUUGAGGGCCAUGCUGCUGCUUUCGCGGACAUUAAUGUCGAGGGCUCUGCUCUCCCUCACCACCUCUUUACCUUCGCCGUCCGAACCCAGACCGGCGCCAAGCUUCAAAUUGCCGAGAUCGAUCACCAAGAACCGAACCCGAGAUUCCAGAAGAAGGCCGUGGAGGUAUUCUUCCCCCAAGAAGCCGUCAAUGACUUCCCUGUGGCGAUGCAGGUCUCCACUAAGUACGACUUGGUUUACCUCGUUACUAAGUAUGGCUUUAUUCACCUAUAUGAUCUCGAGACUGGUACCUGCAUUUUCAUGAACCGCAUUUCCAGUGAGACUAUCUUCACAACUGCUGCGGAUAACGAUGGGGCAGGUCUGGUCGGUGUCAACCGCAAGGGUCAGGUUCUGUCCGUCAGCGUUGAUGAGAGCACAAUUAUCGAUUACCUGAUGAACAACCCCGCCAUGUCGGGUCUUGCCGUUAAGCUCGCCUCCCGAGCCGGACUCCCCGGGGCCGACCACCUGUACCAGCAGCAAUUCGAUACUCUCAUCAACUCAGGCAACUUUUCCGAGGCUGCCAAGGUUGCUGCCAACUCUCCCCGUGGAUUCCUCCGUACCCCGAGACGAUCAAUCGCUUCAAGAACGCCCCCCAGACCGUAUGAGAGUGUGGAGCUGGUCCGACCUGUGUUACAACAAAAUCGCAAGCACUUGCUGGAGAAGUGGAUGAGCGAGAAGAAGCUGGAGGCUUCAGAGGAGCUUGGAGACAUCAUUCGCCCCUAUGACAUGCCUUUGGCCCUGACAGUCUACCUUCAGGCUAACAUUCCUCACAAGGUCGUUGCUGGCUUUGCUGAGACCGGUCAAUUCGACAAGAUCCUCGCUUAUUCCAAGCAAGUUGGCUACCAGCCCGACUACACCCAGCUUCUGCAGCACAUCGUGCGGGUGAACCCUGAGAAGGGUGCGGAGUUUGCUACCCAGCUUGCCAACGAAGAGACUGGUGCUCUCGUGGAUCUUGACCGGGUUGUCGAUGUGUUCCUGUCUCAGAACAUGGUACAGCAGGCUACUUCUUUCCUGCUGGAUGCCCUGAAGGACAACAAGCCCGAGCAGGGUGCCCUGCAGACCCGCCUUCUGGAGAUGAAUCUGGUCAAUGCUCCUCAGGUUGCGGACGCGAUUCUGGGUAAUGAGAUCUUCACCCACUACGAUCGCCCUCGCGUCGCACAGCUUUGCGAGAAUGCCGGUCUCAUCCAACGUGCUCUGGAGAAUACCGAUGACCCGUCCGUCAUCAAGCGCAACAUCGUUCGGACCGACAAGCUGUCUCCCGAGUGGCUGAUGAGUUACUUUGGCCGUCUGUCUGUGGAGCAAACCCUUGAUUGCAUGGAUACUAUGCUGGAGGUGAACAUUCGCCUAAACCUGCAGUCCGUGGUCCAGAUCGCGACUAAGUUCUCCGACCUUCUGGGGGCCAAUCGCCUGAUCGACCUCUUUGAGAAGUACCGUACUGCUGAAGGUCUCUACUACUAUCUUGGCAGUAUUGUCAACCUCAGCGAGGACCCCGAGGUGCACUUCAAGUACAUUGAGGCUGCCACUGCUAUGAAUCAGAUCACCGAGGUCGAGCGUAUUUGCCGUGAGAGCCAAUACUACAACGCUGAGAAGGUCAAGAACUUCCUGAAGGAGGCUCACCUGACUGAGCAGCUCCCUCUCAUCAUUGUUUGCGAUCGCUUCAACUUCAUCCACGACCUGGUCUUGUACCUCUAUCAGAAUCAGCAGUUUAAGUCCAUCGAGGUGUAUGUGCAGCGCGUCAACCCCUCCCGUGCACCUGCGGUCAUUGGUGGUCUGCUUGACGUCGACUGCGAUGAGAACAUCAUCAAAGGUCUCCUCAGCAGCGUGGAUCCCGCUUUGAUUCCUAUCGAUGAGCUCGUCAACGAGGUCGAGAGCCGCAACCGUCUCAAGCUGCUCCUGCCCUUCCUCGAGGCUACCCUUGCCACUGGUAACCAGCAGCAGGCUGUCUACAAUGCUCUCGCCAAGAUCUACAUCGACAGUAACAACAACCCCGAGAAGUUCCUCAAGGAGAACGACAUGUACGAUACCUUGACUGUCGGAAAAUACUGCGAGAAGCGUGACCCCAACCUGGCCUACAUCGCCUACCACAAGGGCCAGAACGAUCUAGAGUUGAUUAGCAUCACCAAUGAGAACUCCAUGUACCGUGCCCAGGCCCGUUAUCUUGUUGAGCGUGCCGAUCCCGAGAUCUGGACCUUCGUUCUGAGCGAGAAUAACGCCCACCGACGCUCCCUCGUUGAUCAGGUUAUCGCUACUGCUGUUCCAGAGUCCACUGAGCCUGACAAGGUUUCAGUCGCUGUCAAGUGUUUCCUCGAUGCUGACCUCCCCGGUGAGCUUAUCGAGCUGCUCGAGAAGAUCAUCCUGGAGCCCUCACCCUUUAGCGACAACACCAGCUUGCAGAACUUGCUGAUGUUGACUGCUGCCAAGGCUGACAAGGGUCGUUUGAUGGACUACAUCCACCAGCUCAACGAGUUUUCCGCUGAUGAGAUCGCCGAAAUGUGUAUCAGUGUUGGUCUGUACGAGGAGGCCUUUGAGAUCUACAAGAAGGUCAACAACUACCUUGCUGCCGUCAACGUUCUUGUUGAGAACAUUGUCAGCAUCGACCGUGCCCAGGAGUUCGCUGAGCGUGUUGAGCUGCCCGAUGUUUGGAGCAAGGUUGCCAAGGCUCAGCUCGAUGGUCUCCGUAUUUCUGACUCAAUUGAGUCCUACAUCCGUGCUGGUGACCCGUCCAACUACAACGAGGUCAUCGAGACCGCCACCCACGCCGGCAAAGACGAGGAUCUUGUCAAGUUCCUUCGCAUGGCCCGCAAGACCCUACGUGAGCCUGCUAUUGACACUAGUCUCGCCUUCUGCUUUGCCCGUCUGGAUCAGCUUAACGAGCUUGAGGACUUCCUCCGCUCUACCAACGUCGCCAAUAUCGAGGCUUCCGGUGACAAGGCGUACGAGGAGGGCUACCACCAGGCCGCCAAAAUCUUCUUUACCAGCAUCUCCAACUGGGCCAAGCUGGCGACUACCUUGGUGCACCUCGAAGAGUACCAGGCUGCUGUUGAGUGCGCCCGCAAGGCCAACAGCGUCAAGGUCUGGAAGCAGGUCAAUGAGGCCUGUGUUGACAAGAAGGAGUUCCGUCUUGCGCAGAUUUGUGGUCUCAACCUCAUUGUCCACGCCGAGGAGUUGCAAGCCCUGGUUCGCCAGUAUGAGCGUAACGGCUACUUCGAUGAGCUGAUCGCUGUCCUGGAGGCUGGUCUCGGUUUGGAGCGUGCUCACAUGGGUAUGUUCACCGAGUUGGGCAUUGCUCUGACCAAGUACCACCCCGACCGCGUGAUGGAGCACCUCAAGCUCUUCUGGUCUCGCAUCAACAUCCCUAAGAUGAUUCGUGCCUGCGAGGAAGCGAACCUUUGGCCCGAGCUAGUCUUCUUGUAUUGUCACUACGAUGAGUGGGACAACGCCGCUUUGGCUAUGAUGGAGCGUGCUGCCGACGCCUGGGAACACCACUCCUUCAAGGAUAUCGUCGUUAAGGUUGCCAACCUGGAGAUCUAUUACCGCGCCCUGAACUUCUACCUGCAAGAGCAGCCCCUUCUCAUCACGGACCUGCUUCAGGUUCUCACCCCACGUGUCGAUGUCAACCGUGUCGUGCGCAUCUUCCAGAGCUCCGACAAUAUUCCUCUAAUCAAGCCCUUCUUGCUCAAUGUCCAGACCCAGAACAAGAAGGCCGUCAACGACGCCAUCAACGAGCUGUUGAUCGAAGAGGAGGACUACAAGACUCUGCGCGACUCUGUUGACAAUUACGACAACUUCGAUGCUGUUGACCUUGCCCAGCGUCUAGAGAAGCACAAUCUCAUCUUCUUCCGCCAGAUUGCCGCCAGCAUCUACCGCAACAACAAGCGUUGGGAGAAGUCGAUCGCCCUGUCCAAGCAGGACAAGCUCUACAAGGACGCCAUCGAGACAGCCGCCAUCUCCGCCAAGUCCGAGGUGGUGGAGGAUCUCCUCCGCUACUUCGUCGACAUUGGCAGCCGCGAAUGCUACGUCGGCAUGCUCUACGCAUGCUACGACCUUAUUCGUCCGGAUGUGAUCAUGGAGAUCUCAUGGCGCAAGGGUCUGCAUGACUUCACCAUGCCGUAUAUGAUCAACUUCCUGUGCGAGCAAACUCGCACAAUCGAAAUGUUGAAAAAGGACAAUGAGGAGCGCAAGUCCAGAGAGAAGACGCACCAGGUUGAGGAGGACAACACUCCGAUCCUGGGCGGCUCGCGACUGAUGCUGACGCAAGGCCCAGUCCCGCCCGCCAACACCAUGCCCUACGGCCAAGCCAACGGCCUCAACCCGCAGGCCACCGGCUACCGAGCAUUUUAG